UGACGCCACUUUGCUUCACGAUCCAAUCCGCGACCUUCUCCAAUUCAAACUUUUGUCUAUUUAAAGCCCCUCAAUCUAAUGUCAAAGGAGCAAACUUUGCAUCCUCAAAAUCCUGAGAAAACCUGAGGGUCUCUAAAAUCUAGAUCGACUCCAUAUGACCUUCUUUUCUUAAUCGACCACUCUUCAUUGGAGAAGACGGGAAGGGAAAGGAGCUUAAAUCUCAAACUUCAGAAAGUUCAUUGAGAGAUCCAAUCCACCUCGCCGGAAGGAAGACAUGGCAAACGAACGAAAAGCCAAGGAACUGGAGGAGUUCAUCUAUGCAGAGAAGGAGACGCCAGAUGAAUGCAAAGAGGAAAUAACAAAAGAUGGAGAGAAGCCUUUGAACGAGGAGAAGAAUGAAUGUUGUGAGCCAUCAGCCGACAAACUUGAGGAGGAUGAAGAGACCAAGAAAGAAGAGACGAAGUUGAAGGACAAGAAGAAGAAGAAGAAACCCAAGACCGUUGAGGAAGAGGAGGCCAUGUACAAGGACAUCGGCAAGCUGAAGCAGAGGCUCGAGAAGAUCGAUAGCAAGAUCAAAGCUCAACUGGAGAAGAAAGCAUUCUUCUCCCAGAAACUAAAGGAGGCCGAGGCCGCGAACGGGGAGACUUCCGAGAAGCCCGACCCGAAAGAAGUUGCAGCAGCUGAUAGAGCAUAGUGGCUCCCUGAUGGAUGUUUUCCCUAUAGCUUCUGUCGACCAUGUUUGAUCUUGGACUGGUAGUCCAGUGUGUUACAUGCGUAAACCGCCCAGUUGGAGUCAUUGAUGUUUCUUCUCUUUGAUGCCACAGCCAUUUUGUUUUAUCAAUCUUGUGAAUAACUUCAGGACAGGAGUUGAUGCCUGAUGUACUACCUCGUUAUAUACAUUGCAUGGAGUCACUUUUGUACACUCCCUUUUCUGUUUUA